CCACGCCGGGCCAGCAGUUGCCCUUCCAGCUGGAGUCCGGUGCGCGUCGGCGUAGGUCCCCUGGGAAGGGUCGGAAGACUUCAACUAGAUCCUUUCCCUGGGCUGCCGGCUUCCGCCACCGCAGGGAAGCGACCCCGCUUGGCGGCCACCGACCCAUUCAAGUGCUCCCAGCGGGAAACCGCUCGGGCGCUGCCAGCUGGGCCGGGCGGAGCUGCGCCGGCCGCAGGGUGGCUCUGCCAGUCCCUGAGUGCCGGGUCGGACGCACACGUGUCUCGGCGUCACGUCCGCGCGCGCCCCCGGGGCUUGCGUCAGCUGCCGCUUCUGAAGCGGGUGGGCCAGGGCUCUGCGCACCAGAACGCCGCCGGAGGAGGGCAGCGCACGGCCGCGAGCCCCGAGAGCGACGACCACUCCGGGCGCCGCCGCCGAGAGGAUCGGCACGGUCCGGUCCCCGCCCUCCCGGUGCCGGUCGGGUCCGCGCCGGGUCCCCGGGCUGGGCGCCGUGGCGUUGCCCCGGAGCCCGCCACCCGCGGGGCGCGCACCGCCUUAACCCGGGCGGCCCCGCGGCAGGCAGACGCCCGCAGGUCCAUGGUGGGCUCGGAGCGCGAUGAGCCGCCCGUCCUCCACCGGCCCCAGCGCUAACAAACCCUGCAGCAAGCAGCCGCAGCCGCCGCCGCCUCAGACCCCGCACGCCCCGUCCCCGGCUGCGCCCCCGGCCGCCGCCACCAUCUCGGCUGCGGGCCCCGGCUCGUCCGCGGUGCCCGCCGCGGCAGCGGUGAUCUCAGGCCCCGGCGCCGGCGGCGGGGCCGGCCCGGUAUCCCCGCAGCACCACGAGCUGACCUCGCUCUUCGAGUGCCCGGUCUGCUUUGACUAUGUCCUGCCCCCCAUUCUGCAGUGCCAGGCCGGGCACCUGGUGUGUAACCAAUGCCGCCAGAAGUUGAGCUGCUGCCCGACUUGCAGGGGCGCCCUAACGCCCAGCAUCAGGAACCUGGCUAUGGAGAAGGUCGCCUCGGCAGUUCUGUUUCCCUGUAAGUAUGCUACCACGGGCUGUUCCCUGACUCUCCACCAUACAGAGAAACCAGAGCAUGAAGACAUCUGUGAAUACCGUCCUUAUUCCUGUCCUUGUCCUGGUGCCUCCUGCAAGUGGCAGGGGUCCCUGGAAGCUGUGAUGUCCCAUCUCAUGCAUGCCCACAAGAGCAUCACUACCCUCCAGGGAGAGGACAUAGUCUUUCUAGCUACAGACAUUAACCUGCCAGGGGCUGUGGACUGGGUGAUGAUGCAGUCGUGUUUUGGCCACCACUUCAUGCUGGUCCUUGAAAAGCAGGAGAAGUACGAAGGUCACCAGCAGUUCUUUGCCAUCGUCCUCCUCAUCGGCACCCGAAAGCAAGCUGAGAACUUUGCCUACAGACUGGAGCUGAACGGGAAUCGGAGGAGACUGACCUGGGAGGCCACACCCCGGUCCAUCCAUGAUGGCGUGGCUGCAGCCAUCAUGAACAGCGACUGCCUUGUUUUUGACACAGCCAUAGCACAUCUCUUUGCAGACAAUGGGAACCUUGGAAUCAACGUCACAAUAUCUACGUGCUGUCAGUGAGGCUCCGGGGAUGCUUUCCUAACCCUGGGAAGUUAUUUGGGCAUAGCGCUUAUGUUUAAUAAAGUUUUUUUAAUAGA